AAAAAAUCAAUUAAAUCCCUUUGAUGUUUCUUGGUUACUCAUAUUAUGUUCUGUUUUCUUAAAAAGUUGUUAUCGAAGUUGUUAUUAACUUUUUUUGCAAUCUUUAAAAGCUAUUAUUUUAAUAGUAUUGGAAGAUGUAAGAUUUAGAGGUUAAGUUACUAUUGAAUUGCAUAUAAUUUGAAUAUUAAUAAGUUAAAUUUGAAUUUUUUCUUUUUGUGUAUAAAAUAAAUUUUUCUAACAAUUUCCUCUAGAAUUUUUAUCAAAGAGAUGUUGAUCUCGAAAAAGCUGCUUUUCCUGUAUAGACGAAAAUGAUUGAAGGAUGCUAGUGGCAAAGGACAACAUUUCACUGAAAAUCUCAUAGUGUGACGCAUCAUCGAGGCGAUUUGUGGUACGAAUACGAGCAACCGGUUCGUUCUAAUAACCUACUCCCACGAGGGUCUGUGCACGCUGAAAAGCAAAGGCGAGUUCAGUCGUCGGCUGAUCGAGGUCCGGGCCUGUAUCGUGGGGCCUGAUACGCCGAUGCUAGUGCCGUCUACUAUCCUCGCAGAGAAAGCUGGGCCUUCGUUCCUUUCGCGCACACGUGAGGAAGUGAAACUAGUGAAGUGUCGAGAAUUAAUGAGAUAGGCUAUGGAUAUGUAUUAGUAGCGCAGUGUAUGAAUAAAGUGCAUGAAAAUGAGAGGCCAAAUUUCAUCAUAGCAAAUAUGCGUCUCCAGAUUCUUAGUUUGAUAUUCUUUGCAAGUGUAAUACUCGUGAGGCAAAUUUCAGCCCAUGGAAGAUUGAUUGAACCACCAUCAAGAGCUUCAAUGUGGAGAUAUGGUUUUGAUACUCCUCACGAUUACAAUGAUCACGAAUGCUAUUGCGGAGGAUUUACUAGGCAAUGGCAACGAAAUAAGGGAAAAUGUGGCAUAUGCGGUGAUGCUUGGGAUGCACCAACGCCUCGUUUGCACGAGACAGGUGGCAAAUACGGAAAUGGUGUGAUAGUGAGAAAGUACCGAACGGGUUCGGUGAUACCGGUCCGUGUGGAACUCACAGCGAAUCACCACGGUUACUUCGAGUUCCGUACAUGUGCGAUGACCUACAAGGACAAGGAAGUCGACCAAGAUUGCUUGGACCAACAUCUGCUUCGGUCGAAGAAUAGCUCGAUCAGAUAUUAUCCCGGCCCAGGAAACAAGAUCUUCGAGGCUUUCUACAAAUUGCCGGACGAUCUGACUUGCGCCCAAUGCGUUUUUCAAUGGAGAUACGUGGCUGGAAAUAAUUGGGGCGACUGUGGAAACGGAACAGGAGCUGUAGGUUGCGGUCCUCAAGAAGAAUUUCGUGCUUGCGCUGAUAUUACCAUCGGAGAUGACGUAGAACCUCUUCCACCUGCAGAGCCACCAAUUCCGAAAUCGGUUCCAGGAGAAAAAUCGCCAACGGAGCCAACAUUGGUGCCAGAGCCGAGUGGAUCAUAUUGGUUAUUCAGUGUUAUUAUCGCUGGUACGUGCCUGUUGGUUGUACUGGCGGCUAUGGCGUUGCUUUAUGCGUAUUACUAUCACUCUGGCCGAGCCAAAAAAUGGCUUAUGGCGAGGAGGUUGACACCUGAAAGUCCACCUGUCGCUCCACCGAGGCAUAAAAAACACAACACGUCCAAUGCACCACUGCAGCUGUAGAAGGAUAUUUGUACUUGAUGGUAGGGUGACCAAAUAUGCACAAAGAAAAGUAAAAAGAACUGUAUAAUUCUGUAAUAAUUUCUGUAAAUGCUGCUUCGACAUUAUUUUACAAUAUCUUUUAACAAUAAUAGGUCAUGUAUGUAUAUGUAAUAUAUGUAUACAUAAAAAAAGAAUUUUUUCUCAUUAAGAUAAAAGAAAAAUGGUCACCCUGAUUUGUUACUAUUUGCAAUGUAACUUCCUUUGUUCAUUUUUUCUUUUAUAUGUAUUCAGAGUAUUUUUCUAUCAUGCGUGUCUGUGCGAGAAAAGUAUACAUAUAUCUUCGUGACAUUGUAAUGUAUGCGUGAUGGGAAAAUUGUUCUCGUUUUAUAGUUAGAGUAACAUCGCUCACCUUGCACACAUUCAUCUUGUAUAUAUAAAUAUUUCUUACAUUAAACAUAUUUAUUUUCUAAGAA